CCGAGUUGCGGUUCUCCUCCGGACCUGUACCAGGAUUUAUUUAUUUCAUAUGAAACUUCACUAAAAGCUGAAGUGCUUCUCCCAUGGUGUCCCCGGGAGACCUCCCCGGCAUUCACUCGACUUUACGGAAACUAUCGGCGACCGUUUUGGGGUCUUGAAAAGCAUGGAAACGUGGUUUUUGAAUCACGUCCUCGGGCUGUCUCUGUCGGUCCUCCUGUUGGGUCUGCCGGGGGCCCUCGGGACAGGGACCCCCAGUAACAACAGCUCGGAUCCCGAAACGGCAGGAUUUUAUUCUUCAACUGCCACAGAUGAACCCAGUAACAUGGAAAACAAUGCAACUUCAACUUCAUACUCCAGCGAGAGUUUAUCACCAUCACAGAGGAACCUCCUGCUCACACACUCCGCUGAGACACACACUGCUACUGUUGGAAGCUUCGACACUGAGCAGACACAAACCUUCACAGAAAAAAGCAAUGGAUCACUAGAGACUACCAGUCUGUCUACUGAGCCGCUCACAUCCACCCUUGUUGUAGCCACCACCGAGGCCAGUAGCAGCAGCAGCAGUAGCAGCAGUAGCAGUAGCAGCAGCAGCAGCAGCAGCAGGGACUGGAAGGAAUUUGUUAACACAGACCAGGUGCCAGAUGUCUCCCAUCCUGUGUCCUGGGAGGCCAGGUCCUGGAUGUUGACAGAGGACGCAAGGCUUCCCCAGGACAGUCCAGACAGCACUCUGUGGCUGGGAGACGCCACUUCCUUGGCGUCGCAGACAGACGUUCACACCGACAGCACCUACACUUCCACCACCAUCAGCCGAGCCGGGGAGAGGACCCUUCUAUCUGUCACCUCCUCCUCAAGCAACAGCACCUCCUCUGCAUUUACAGAGGAAUCCAACUCUCAUCAGCCCCCCUCCACCUGGGGUAUCCCUGCUAGGGCUACAGGGACUGAGGACUACACCCACAGUGCUCCAUCCACAAGGACUGACAGCAGGGAAACAACAGACCGGCACAUGACCAACUCCUUCAAGGGGAUGUUUCCAGAGACUGGGAGCCCGCGGGGGUCCAGAGGAACCCAGAGUUUAACUGGACCACCUAAUGCCACGCAGUAUCAACAUACCUCAGCGUCUGAGGAGACCUCUGACUCGACACCACCUCUCAGAGUGACGGAGCUCAGCACUGAACAAUCUGAAGUGUUGGUUUCUUCCACACCUCCUGUCACCUCAGCUGCAAGAGGUCCUACCAACAUCUCAGGGACAGACCUGGACGCAGUUUCCGAUGUUGGAACCUCCACCGAGUCUUCCACUGCCGGCCACAGCUCCAGCACUCAGAACCAAGAGGGCACCGAGGGGCUGUCAUCCCAGACCAGAGAGGAAAGCACAGACUUGGGUCUGACCACAGCGCCCCCUACAGUCAGUAGCAAUACAUCUGAAAUGGACAACUUUCUGACAGACACUCCAGUGCUGGUCACUGAGCUCUUCCUCACCACCACACCUGUUCCUGUUACAGAAAGCUCACAGAUAACUGAGAAAGAAACUUUCAAAGCCACUGCCUCCACCACCACCACCACCACCACCACCACCACCAUCACUACCACCACCACCCGUUCCUCCAGGUUCAGCAGCACCACCACCAGCAGCUCGACUUCAGAGUUACAUACCGAGGCCACCUUCCCAUACACUACACCCUCCACCACAGCCUCCACUCCGGCCCUGCAGACCUCUGCAGUGCACCCAACUCACCAUGUGUCACCAAGCCAAACCCAGGGCCCCUCAACCAGAAUUGCCAACCCCACAAACGUCAUGACCCUGCAGACAGAAACAAGCACAGGCUCUCUGGGAGUUUCCACAUCUCCUAGCCAGUACAUCACCACCACCUACACCCACAGCACCCCGACCAGGAGUACAGAAGUUCUGCACACCACCGGGAAACAGACAGACAGGGGAACCACAGAGCUUGUAGUAACAACAUCACCCACUGACAUCCAGCCCACUAAAGCAUCACCACCACCACCAAAUAUUGAUGAAUGUAUGAGGGACCCCUGCCCACCUUGCUCCAGGUGCGUGAACACACGAGGCUCCUUCAGCUGUGAAUGCCCGCUCGGCUACGACCUCGAGGAGGGACACAACUGCACCAGAGCAAAGACAUUUCUGGGAAUUUUCAGUGUUAACAGACCGCCACAUGACCCUGUUACCUUCAAGAGCACCACCACGCAUGAGAUCCAGAGAGAGAUUAUUCAGCUGCUCAAUGCCUCAUUGUCAGUCCUUCAAGGUUACAGCCGCUCAACUCUGAGUAAGAAAGAGGAGGACGGGAUUCGUAUCUUAGUUAUCAACAUGUUUUCCAUCUCCAGUGAUGUGACGAGUGCAGAAGUCUACAACAGCAUCAAGAUGUCCCUCAGCAACUGCAGCUCCUCGGUGGCCCACUGCCGAAUGGUCCUGCACCACCAGCUCACUUAUGACGUGGAGAGUCUGUGUGUGGCUAAGAAGACUCAGUGUGAUACAGAGCGCUCCACCUGCACAGACAGCAGUGGCACAGCCUACUGCCAGUGUCUUCAAGGAUACUACAAACACAAUCCUGAAGACUUGUCCUGCCUAGAAUGUGGGGAUGGCUACAAGCUGGAAAAUGGCACCUGUGUUCCGUGUAUGUUUGGUUUUGGAGGAUUCAACUGUGCAAAUUUUUACAAGCUGAUUGCAGUCGUGGUUGCACCUGCAGGGGGCGCCCUGCUCCUCAUCCUCAUCAUCGCUCUCAUUGUCACCUGCUGCAAGAAAGAUAAGAAUGACAUCAACAAGAUCAUCUUCAAGAGUGGAGACCUGCAGAUGUCCCCUUAUGCAGACUUCCCAAAAAAUAACCGAAUAUCCAUGGAGUGGGGCAGAGAGACCAUAGAGAUGCAAGAGAACGGCAGCACCAAGAACCUGCUGCAGAUGACUGACAUUUACUACUCUCCUGCGUUACGUAACUCAGACCUAGACAGAAAUGGUCUGUAUCCAUUCACAGGUCUGCCGGGCUCUCGCCACUCAUGCAUUUACCCUGCCCAGUGGAACCCCUCCUUCAUUAGUGACGAUUCACGAAGACGAGACUACUUCUAACUGCCCCACCUUGAACACACACGUACACACACACACACACACACACACACACACACUGAAACUUACCAUCACUUAUACUGACAAUUGUGAUGUGUCAUGAUGGUUUACAGUCACGGUGACAAUGCUAAUGUGUGAGCCUCACUGUCUUUGAAAAACCCAUUUGACCAUAUACAUUCAGGGCUUCACAAUAAUGAUGUAAAUGUUUGUGUAUUCCUGUGUGCGCGUGUCUGUGCGGGUCUGCAUUUUAUGUAAGUACACAUUUUUGCAAGUAAAAUGUGUUCUUGUGUGACUAUUUCAAUACUUUUGCAUAAUAUACUUCAUUUACUUCAACUCGCAUGUACUUUACAUUGCCACUGUGGUGUUAAAGAUUGUGUAAUGUGUUUUUCCUGCCUUCCAGGCAGCCACUGAUUCUCAUUUGCUUCACUGUAUGAUGAAAAACCAUUUGCAGACGCUUGAAACGUGCUUAAGGUUGGUCAUUCAUUACAGUAAAUAUGCCUAAACACAGUGCAGAUUACCUUGAAAAAAAACCUGCAUUGCAUUAAUGCUUAAUGAUAGAUAAAAGCAGAAAAGAUAGUGUUCACCCACUGUGCUCACAGAAAUGAAUGUGACAUACUGGCUGCCUGGAAUGUGUGAAAACACAUUUGGAUACAAAAAAAACAACAGUAAUGUAAACUACAUAUGAUGUGUAGCAACUAGAUUAGGACAUGCAAAAACAUUGAUACUGUGUGCUCUGUUAAGUGCUGAAAUAUGAAUAUGUGUGUGCCACUGCUGUGAUUUGGAAAUAUGACAAUAACAAACCACUGAAGGUUGCACAGAGUUCAGUUUUACACCCAACGUAAACUGAGGAACAACUUUGUAAUCUCACGCCAACGUUUAUUUAUUCCCUGUAUGUCUAAAUCCUUGACAUGUAGCAUCAUGAAUAUCUCACUCAUACACACUGACAGACUUUAGAGGGAUAAACCUGUGGCUUUAAAUGUGUGUGUGCAUGCAUGCAUGCAUGUAUGUGUGUGUGUGUGUGUGUGUGUGUGUGUGUGUGAGAGAGAGAGAGAGAGCAAGCAAGUGUGUAAGUUUUGGUAUUUGUGAGAAUUGUGUGAGGAAUAAUUAUCUGUAUACCAGAUUGAUCAUAACUGUCAACGAGUGUUUGAAUGUAAAGAUGUAUCAUAAUUAGCUAUUUCUGAUACGGAGUGUUAUUUUUAUGUGAGUAUUUUCUUUACUUUGUGUUAUGAUCGGUUUAUUCUGGCGUUUUAGUCAG